AUGCUUCAAUAUGAAUAUAAGAUAUAGGAGUUUAGUUAAAACAUUGAUGAGAUGAAAAAGGAGAAAAAUAACUAGAGAAAUUAACUAAAGAAAACUAAGUUUUAAAUUAAACUAAUGAUGAAUUAAGAAAGAGUAUUCAAGAUUAUGAAAAGGGACAACAAUAAAAAAAGUAGUAUAAAUUGAAAUUAAGUGAAUUAGGAUUAAAAAACAGUCAGCUGUAGAAGUUAGUCAAAGAUUUAGAAAAAUAAGAAUAGCAACAAUAGGAUAUAUCUUAAUAAACUGCUAAAUAAAUAGAAGAUAAAAAAAAAGAAACGAAUCACUCUAAAUAAAGAUUUAGGAAUACUAAAUAGAACUAUCAAAUCUAAAUCAACUCUAAAUGGCUAUGA